CUCGUUAGAUUUGUUCGCCCCCUGAAUUACCCGAUUAACCGAUCGAAUCCACCAACUGGAUCUGAUUUGGUAAGAGAUUCGACCACCGGAGUGGCGGAGCGAGGACCACCUCCUGAAAUUGUUCACGUUAAUUGUGGACAAGAGCGAUUGAUUGAUGCUGGGAUCGAUCGGAAAGCUGCUGCUCCAACCCUACUUCAGCAGCAUCCAAGCGCACGAUGUCCGUAUGCACUUCUAAUUAUUCCCUUCUUCCUCCUCGGCUAUGCUCCUCUCGACGCAGUUCACGCCCGCCUCAAGAUGCUGCCGUCGUCGCUCCUACCCGCCUCUGAAACCCUCCGCCCGUCUCCACCCUAAAAAUCCCAUCUUGGCCCCUCUGCGGCCGCCAAAGCUCCAUCUUGGGGAAAAUCCAACGGCGUGGGGGUACCGAGGCGUCGCCAUGACCGAGUUGACUCGUUUCGGGGCUUUAGGGCGAGGUAAGGGAAUGGAGGAGGAUGGUGGAACGGGGGAGGCACAGGCGAUUCUUGAGCGGGAGGCGCCGGAUUUGGCUCGGCGGUUCUCAUGGAGGGACGUCGAACCGUUCAUCAAUAAGAUGACUAAGUGGAUAGUGUCUGGUCUCUUUGGCCUUCUCAUUCUUUGGAAACAUGACGCGGAGAGCAUGUGGGUCGCGAUGGGGUCAGUCCUAAAUUCAAUGCUUUCAAUUUAUUUGAAGAGGAUAUUGAACCAUGAAAGACCUGUUGCUGGUCUAAGAUCAGAUCCCGGAAUGCCAUCUUCACAUGCACAAUCCAUCUUCUACAUAGACGUCACUGUUAUUCUUCUAAUGUUCCACUCAAUCGGAUUAAACCCAUAUACUGUGACUGUCGGGAGUAUUGCCUUAUUUAUCGGCUCCUAUCUUGCAUGGCUUCGGGUAUCACAGAAGCUCCACACGUCGAGCCAAGUUCUCGUAGGCGCUCUAGUGGGAACCACGUUUGCAAUUGUCUGGUUUGAGUUGUGGAAUUCUUUCGUAUUAGAAGCCUUUAGUUCUCACCUGUGGGUUCAGAUUCUGGUGAUCAUGGGGUCGCUAGCUUUCUGUUUCGGUUUCGUGAUCUAUGUGAUUCGCUAUUGGCUCAGAGACGAGUCAUAGUCGACACAGAGCGAAUAUCUGGUAGAACAGGUUGUUCCGCGGUGUGUAAGGCAAGGCUGGAUCACCAUGCUCGACAUUCGUAUGCAAUGUUACGAAGCAGAAGCUACAUACUUUAUAUUGGAUCUUAGCAUUUCUAUUGUUUUUCAUGACAUAUUGCAUGAAACUAGGAUGGCAUCCAACACUAAAGCAAUUUAUAAUGUUAUUCUGUCAAUUAUGUAGAUUGAAAUUUUUAAAAAGGAAUUAAUUGUAUGUCAUGAUUCAUUCGAGUAGUGAAAAUAGUUUGUUGCAAGUCUAUAACAGACUCUUCGCUACUAUUUUGUUUUGGUACGGCUUUUGUACAUUAGUUUAGAAUAUAUUUGAAAUUUGGAGGAGCUCAAUAAAAAUAAUAUCAAAUUUUGGUGGCUGAAGUGUAAUUGACUCUUGAAGUGUGUACGAUUCGGUGGGCCGAGGCGAUUUGAACUUCUUUUCUAGGCAAUGGAUGCAUAAUGGGCCGGCCCGGUUCGAGCGAGUCUCUCUUGGGGAGGAAGCCAGUAAAACCCGAUUUGAUGGACCGAUGCCUGGAAAGCACGACGGCAAGCUAUUUCAGUCUCCGGAAGCAGAGGACGGCACCGACGACGAAGUAGAGUUCGGUGAUGUUCAGGAACCAGUACGAUACCGAUGUCACGACCUGGAGCCCCGCGGGGCGGCUGUUCCAGGUCGAGUACGCCAUGGAGGCCGUCAAGCAGGGUGCGGCGGCUGUCGGCCUCCGAUCCACCUCCCACGUCGUCCUCGCCACCGUCAAUAAGGCCGCCUCCGAUCUCUCCUCGCACCAGCGGAAGGUCUUCAAAAUCGAUGACCACAUCGGCGUCGCCAUCGCCGGACUCACUGCCGACGGGCGUGUCCUUUCCCGAUACCUCCGCAACGAGUGCAUCAACCACGCGUUCGUCUAUGAAUCCCCUCUCCCCGUGUCGCGACUCGUUGUCCGCCUCGCCGACAAGGCCCAGGUCUGCACACAGCGAUCUUGGAAAAGGCCCUUCGGGGUUGGUCUGCUUGUUGCUGGAUUAGACGAAACUGGAGCUCACCUCUACUACAACUGCCCCAGUGGAAGCUACUUUGAGUACCAGGCAUUUGCAAUUGGAUCCCGCUCCCAAGCUGCUAAAACAUUCCUGGAACGUAGGUUCGAGUCUUUCAACACCUAUUCCCGCGAUGAACUGAUCAAAGAUGCAAUUUUCGCCAUCAAGGAGACGCUACAGGGAGACAAGCUGACCAGUUCAAUCUGUACAGUCGCAAUUGUUGGACAAGACGAGGCAUUUCACAUGAUUGAUCAGAAGGUAAUCGAAGAAAUAAUUAAUUCUAUGGAGAUUAAAGAAGAUGCUCCUGCAGAUCAGGCUCCCUUGCAAGAGGAGGACAAGGGCUCGGAAGAAGCUCCAAUGGAUAUAUGAUCGAGAUAGAUUAGGAUUAGAUUACUGCGUGGGCAUUCCUCAUCCAUGGAUCCUUUUGUGAUGCCUAAUGUCCAACAAUAUCUACGAUCUUGUUUGACAUAAAAACUGGCUGUUUAUUUGUCGGAAUCUUUAAUUUAAAACAGUUUCUUAAAGUUUAUGAAAUCAAUCUUCAUCCA